AGACUGGAGUAAUGUAAAAUGAAACCACCUCCUCACUCCACACUUCUCCCCCAUCUUCAACAUCUAUAAAUUUCAAUUUUUUCUGAUUCAUCUUUCUGCGCGAUUCCUGUAAAUCCGAGUCAAAAUUGAUUCCUGAAGGAUCUAUCUCAUAGGCAUAGCAGUUCCAGUGAGUGAGUGAUCUGGAUCUUGUUUGGUUGGAUGGAAGCCGGGGGCCGGGAAACUGCUGGAAAGCGAGGGAGAGUGAAGGAAAAUUAAGGAUGAAGUUACACGUAUCUAUGACUGGCAUAAAUCGGGUUAUCAUACCGAAUGCAACGGCGGCGGCGGUGGUGCGAAGCCGGAUACCAGGCCGGACUCUGUUUCUGCUGCUGUUGGUGGUCGCGAUCGUUUUCUCCUCCCUUUUUGUUAGAACUGCUUUCUUAGUCCUUGAAUCCGCCGCUUCCUGCUCUUCUCCGAUUGAUUGUAUUGGAUGGAGGUUAAUGGGCCAAGCUGACACAUCUCAGAAACUCACAGAAGAACUAAUGCAAGCGCUAGUGGAGGCAAGAGACGCUGACAGUUAUGGAGGAAGGUUGGAGGGUUCAUUUUUGUCAUUUGAGGAGCUUGUUGAGGAGAUGACGUCAAAACGUCAAGACAUCAAGGCCUUUGCUUUCAAGACCAAGGCCAUGCUACUGAAAAUGGAGCAAAAGGUCCAGUUAGCUAGGAAGCGUGAGUUGAUCAACUGGCAUUUAGCUUCACAUGGCGUCCCAAAGAGCUUACAUUGCCUUUGCCUAAAACUGGCUGAGGAGUAUGCUAUGAGUGCCAUGGCCCGGUCUCGUUUACCUCCACCUGAACAUGUUUCUCGCCUUGCUGAUCCAUCCUUUCACCAUGUUGUUCUUCUGACUGAUAAUGUCCUUGCUGCUUCUGUUGUCAUCUCUUCUGCAGUUGAAAAUGCUGUAAAUCCAGAAAUUUUGGUAUUUCACAUAGUAACUGACAAGAAAACUUAUGCUCCUAUGCAUGCAUGGUUUGCAAUCAAUUCUAUUAAGUCAGCUGUGGUGGAAGUAAAGGGAUUGCAUCAAUAUGAUUGGUCUGAUGAGGUGAAUGUUGGAGUUAAACAAAUGAUGGAGAUUCAUCACUUGAUUUGGAGUCAUAACUACAAUAAUCUCAAAGAAGAAGACUUCAAAUUAGGAGAACAUGAAAACUGCCUAGCGGCUCUAAGCCCUAGCUGCCUCUCCCUUCUAAAUAGUCUCCGGAUUUAUAUCCCUGAGCUGUUUCCAGACCUCAAGAAGAUAGUAUUUUUGGAUCAUGAUGUGGUGAUACAACAUGACCUAUCAUCUUUAUGGGCAAUGGAUCUUAAUGGGAAAGUCGCUGCUGCAGUUGUCAACUCAGGGUGUGGAGACAAUUGUUGUCCAGGAAGGCAAUACAGGAAUUACUUAAAUUUUUCACACCCAUUAAUUUCAUCGAACUUCAAUCCUGAACAUUGUGCAUGGCUUUAUGGUAUGAAUGUCUUUGAUCUUGAAGCUUGGAGACAAACCAAUGUUACAGCAAAAUAUCAGAAAUGGUUAAAACUUGUAAGUAUGUCAUCCAAUCUUGAUUCAAUAAAUUAAUCAUAUUGCGUUGUGCACCAAAAUUUUGAGGUGGAUGUGGCGUAAGCAUUUCCCCCAAUGUGGGACAAAGUUAGUUGCCUUGCUUUUUAUUUAUUCUGUUAACAGUGAGUGAAAGAAAAUGAACUGGGGACUUUGGUUCUUGUUUCUUGUUUUACCUGAUUAAUUUUUACUGUGAUACUGCAGAUAUGGUUUGUGGGAAUAAGGAACUGUAUAGCUUCUCUUGCAAAUUACUUCUAUCUUCUGCAAAAACAAAAUCUCUACAAGCAUGUUCACUUUUGCUGGUUGCUGAUGCUCUAUACUUUUAUUCUGACUCAAUUUGAUUUUAGAUAUGAAAACCUACAUGCAUCUUUGGGCUUUCAUGAUAUCAUAGUGCCUCUAACAAUGAACGCACGAAGUUCCUUUCUGUAAGUUGCCAAUUGUCAAUUGUGUAAUGCAGUUUAUGUGAUUCCACAGAAUCUCAAUUCUGGGUUGAUGCUGUGGAAACCAGGAGUGCUUCCUCCGGCCUUAGUUGCUUUUGAGGGCCAUGUGCAUCCCAUUGAUCCUCUAUGGCAUGUGGCUGGUCUAGGUAAUCGACCCCCAGACAGUCAUGGAGAGAGUUUGGAAGCUGCUGCUGUCUUACAUUUCAGUGGCCCUGCAAAGCCGUGGCUUGAGAUUGGAUUCCCAGAAGUACAAAUCCUAUGGAGUAGACAUGUAAAUUCCUCAAACACGUUUAUUAGAAGAUGUAGAAUCCUGGGGUGAAGAGGACGAAGUUCUCUCACACCUGCACACUGAUUUUGGGAUCAAAGUAUUAAAGCAGAGGGAAGAAGGUUUUGCCUUCAGUCUCUGCUUAUACUUUGCACAUAUGAAAUUAUGGUAAUUUCAUGUCCAUAAUAGAAAUAUUUGUAGGUACCCAGUGAAUGGUAAACUAAGGUCAGGUUCUUCACUCAUAAUGGAUGGAGAAAUGAAAUUAUAUGUGGUUGUAGCUCAUUGAGAACACUGUAAUUAACUUUAACUAGGUAA